GCCACCCCCGCGGACUAACCGAAACGUAUCAUGAACGCGAUUUAAUUAGCUUUAUUUUGUUAUAGCCUAUGUUAUCAGCAUCAGUAUAGUAAUGCGACUAGUAAACCAGAACCCCGUCUCUUAGCGUGUGCAAUAAGCGAAAUCGAAUUGGUUCAACACAUCCAGUCAUGUUUCUUCUGCAUCCGUUGCUGCAGAUAUUUGUGCUUUUUGAUCCGACACUGUGGCUGGCAGGCUCAGCCAGCCCAACCGAUGACAAUGUUCUGCGGGCCGGCCAUGGAGAUCACGGAGAGCCAGGGCACGAGGAACCCCAUAAAGAUUCCUAUAGCACGUUCGCCUCAGAAUUCCUCGAGUCCAGAUACCUCUCAGACGAAGGUUACCCCUUUCCAACUGCACCGCCUGUGGACCCAUUCGCCCGAAUCAAAGUUAUCGACUGUGGAAUAACCAAAGGAUGCAUCAGAUAUGGGAAGCCAGGCUGUGAUGCAGAGACCUGUGAAUACUUCCUGAGUUACAGACGCAUUGGCACAGAUGUGGAAUAUGAGAUGAGUGCAGACACUGAUGGCUGGGUCGCUGUUGGUUUUUCCUCUGACAAAAAAAUGGGAGGGGAUGAUGUUAUGGGCUGUGUUCAUGAUGAUAAUGGGCGUGUAAGGAUCCAUCAUUUCUAUAACGUGGGCCAGUGGGCCAAAGAAAUCAAGAGAAACCCAGCACGGGACGAGGAGGGCAUCUUUGAAAACAACCGUGUCACCUGCCGCUUCAAGCGUCCUCUUCAUGUCGCACGUGAAGAGACAUUGGUGGACCUACACCUUAGCUGGUACUAUCUGUUUGCCUGGGGACCUGCCAUACAAGGUUCCAUCACAAGGCAUGACAUUGACUCACCACCGGUGUCAGAUCGCAUGAUAAGCAUCUAUAAAUAUGAAGACAUUUUUAUGCCUGCCACAGCCUAUCAGACAUUCAACUCUCCCUUUUGCCUUCUUCUCAUUGUUGCUCUUACUUUCUACCUGCUAAUGGGCACACCAUAACCACUACAACCAGCAACAAUGUCACUGAGAAAAUAGAUGGAGAGAAUGACUACAACAUACCGUGGAGCAACCAUUAACAUAUCUGUGCCAAUGUAAUAGUAUUAGAAACAAGCAGCAAUUAAUAAGAAGACUAAGAGCAUUGUGAUCAUAUAGCAUCUUCAACCUAUGUACACGAGUAUUAAGACCAUGGAUUAAUUUUAUUUUAUUUACAGCAAUGUUGAUACUCAUUCAUAGAAGGGAGAGGGUCAGGCAUACAGAUAUUAUUUUGAUACAAGAAUUAAGCAACCCAAAAUUAUAUGUCAUGUGUAGUUGGUAGCCUACAAAAUGUGAAACUUUGAGCUAAACUGAUGCUUGCAAUGGCACAUAUCAUGACAUACUCCGAAGUAUGGUGCACUAAAACCCACUAAAGAGUUCUUCAGAGAGGUGAAUUGUUCAAUGCCCUAUUAAUCUGCCUUCUACUAUUGAAUUGACCUACUAUUUAAAAAAUAUGUUGGAAAUAUGUGUCAGCAGAGUACCUCAGUAGAGUUUUUCUGCUGUUUGUAGUUGUCUGCCUUCCACUACAUUAUAGUUCUAUAUAGUUAAACAUUUAUUAAGGCUUUGAAUUUCAAACUGAACAUUGAACUGAUGUAAAUUAACUCCUGUGAUUGAUUACGCAAAUAACAGCAGUACAUAAAUGACCCUCAGCUCAACAGCUCAAACACACACAUGCACACAAUAUUCAUACACCAUCACUGCCUUCCAUUUAGAGUGUAUUUAUCCCAGUAAUGCCAGCACAGUAUUUGAUAAUGCAUGCCAGCCAACCAGCCUCAUCUGAGCCAUUUUGACCAUUAAGAACAGAAUCCUCACUGGAUUAGAACCACUCCAGGAACAGGAUAGAUCAUCUUGUCUUCAUACCAAGGAAUCAAAGACUUUCUAUUCCAAGGACUAUAUGGAUUCAUACCAUUGCAAAACUCAAAAUGGUCCAAGUUGCUGCCUAUCUAGAAAGAUCUGGAUCUCAAAAUCUGGUCUGAUCUAAUAAUUUAUAGAACUUUUAAAAUGUCCCUUUUAAUAAUCUGUUUAUGAGAUUGAAGUGUGCCAUGUAAGUAUGAUUGGGUAUUGGGAUUGAAGUAUUUUUUUAAUUGUAAUGUCUUAAUUACACUCAUUGAGCUCUUUAUUAGGAACACUAUGGUCUUAAUAAAGUUAUAGACGUGGUCUUCUGCUGUUGUAGCCCAUCUGGUUAAAGAUUUGACAUGUUCUGCAUUCUGAGAUGCUAUUCUGCUCACUGCAAUUGUACAGAGUGGUUAUCUGAGUUACCAUAUCCUUUCUGGCUGCUCGAACCAAUCUGGCCAUUCUCUGUUGACCUCUCUCAUCAACAAGGCAUUUCCGUUUGCAAAACUGCCACUCAAUGGAUGUUUUUUGAUUUUGGUACCAUUCUGAGUAAAUUCUGUUGUGUGUGAAAAUCCUAGGAGAUCAAACCAGCCUGUCUGGCACCAACAAUCAUGCCACGGUCGAAAUCACAGAGAUCACCUUUUUCCCCCAUACUGAUGGUUGACGUGAACAUUAACUGAAGCUCCUGACCCAGAUCUGCAUGAUUUUAUGCAUUGCACUGCUCCCGCAAGAUUGGCCGAUUAGAUAAUCGCAUAAAUAUGUGGCUGUACAGGUGUUCCUAAUAAAGUGCUCAGUGAGUAUUGUUAUAUUUACCUAAAGGUUAUAUAUGAGGAAGCAUACUUUAGGGAGUGAUACAAUUCCUUUUGAUGUGUACAGGCAGCGCUAAUCAUGUCAUAUAGCAUUCUUUGUGAAUGGAGACAAUAUAUGCUAAUGAAAUUAAAUAAUAAAGUUGUUAUUGAUAUAUUUUAAAAUACGUUUGAAACCAUGACAUUGACAGUAUUAGAAUAUGCAAUAAUGAGUAUGCAUAGUAAAGGACUGUGCGCCGUGAGUGUUUUAAACAUAAUUUACUUACACUAUCUUCCUGCAACAUUAGCAGCUUAUUUACAUUCUGACGAGUUUACUGUGAAAUCUCACUCUAAUUGAAAACAAAGAUGCCUGUGUUUGGUGGUACAAUAUAUACACACACUGCACUUUUAAA